AAAAAUUACAUCUGCCCGGAAUGCGGCAAACGAUUCAACGCUCACUACAACCUCACGCGCCACAUGCCAGUCCACACUGGGGUCAGACCCUUCGUUUGCAAAGUUUGUGAUAAAGGUUUCCGCCAAGCAAGCACCCUCUGUCGCCACAAAAUCAUCCACACUUCUGAGAAGCCACACAAAUGUCGGCAGUGUGGCAAGGCGUUCAAUCGCUCGUCGACUCUGAACACCCACCUACGCAUCCACCAGGGCUUCAAGCCAUUCGUCUGCGAGUUUUGCGGCAAGGGUUUUCACCAGAAGGGCAACUACAAGAACCACCGCCUUACUCACUCAAAGGACAAACAGUACAAGUGCGACGUCUGCCACAAGGCUUUUCAUCAGGUUUACAACUUGACGUUCCACAUGCACACUCACAACGAACGCAAACCAUACACUUGCCUGGACUGUGGCAAGGGCUUCUGUAGAAACUUCGAUCUGAAGAAGCACGUGAGGAAGCUGCAU